AUGAAGCACACACUACUACUACUACUACUCAAACAAAAAAUCUUAUCUAACAAAGAAAAGGAAAAUGAAGUACUUGAGCAGCAUUAUGAUCAUAUUAUGGCUGGCUAUACUAUGCCUUGGAAUCGUUUAUGCAGACGAAAGACCUGAUCACAGAUGUGGACCUAGUUAUAACAAUCCUCCAUGUGAUGGUAGAAGGUGUUGCAGUAUCCAUAACUAUUGCGGUGACGGCAAUGAUUACUGCGGCCGCGGAAACUGCCGAUACCAGUGUCGUUUCCAGUUCGCUGCACUAACUGGUGUUCUCCCUCUUCGUGAUAAUGCUAUAACCAAAUUUAUCAGCAAAUCACUUUACAGCAAUAUGUUUAAGCAUACAAGUGAUUGCCAAAGCCAGGGCUUCUAUAGUUACGACGCUUUCAUCACUGCUGCACAAUCCUUUCCUGGUUUUGCUACUACUGGAGAUGUUUCAACUCGUAAGAGGGAGCUUGCUGCUUUCUUUGCUCAAACAUCUCAUCUAACCACAGGCGGCUAUGAUUUUAGUGAUCCACAUGCAUGGGGACAUUGUAAUAUCAAUGAGACUGCUCACACUACCGCUGACAAUGAUCAUUGCACAUCCUCUCAGUGGCCUUGUGCUUCAGGAAAAAAAUAUUUUAGCAGGGGACCCAUCCAACUCACUCACAACUACAACUAUGGGCUUGCUGGUAAGGCUAUUGGAGUAGAUUUGAUCAAAAAUCCUGAUUUGGUAGCCACAGACCCAGUUGUAUCAUUCAAGACAGCCUUGUGGUUUUGGAUGACUAAGCAUGAUAGUAAGCCUUCCUGCCAUGAUAUUUUGAUCAAUGCUAACAGUCAAAUCUCAAGCUACACUGUGAUCGAUAAAAUAGUCAAUGGUAAUUCUCAAGUAGAAGAAAAUAAACUCGAAGAAAAUAGUAGAGUUUCUACUAGCGUUGGAUACUACAAGAGGUAUUGUGACAUGUUAGGAGUGAGUUAUGGAAAGCUGAUAUGAUAAUAUGAGGACAAAACGUGUAGCUUAAUAAUUAUAGUCGCUGAAGAAAAGUAAAUGGCGUAAUUACCAUUUCUAGUUCUCCCUUGUUAUCUACGAAUAAGCCAAUAUAUGUAACCUCGCACUAUGUGUAUUUGUGCCAGUGGACCAAUGUUAGCUAGCUAGCCUAGUAUUGAGUUCUAACUCUAACGUAUAUAAUAUAUAUAUAUAUAUAUGUGUGUGUGUGUGUGAAGAAAUAAAUGAGCUACACAAACUUUCUACUUA